AACUAGCUGCUAAAGGGAAGUGCUGCAGCGUGUUCGGUUCAGUCCUGUGGCGCUGCGUAGUUUUAACCAGCGCUUUCUGUUUUUUUAAAAUCAGCCAUUCACAGGAACCAAACUGCUUCAAGUUUAAAGCUAGCUACAUCAAACAAUACAACAUGGCUACCGAUUCAGGCUACGGUGCCCCACCAAGCUACAGCGCAUAUGGCGGUCAGCAGGGUGGACAGGGUUAUGGACAAGGAACUGGUGGCACUGGCACUGGCACAGGCAAUGGCAGUGGAGGAGGCGGCGGCGGCGGCUCUUACGGGGGACAGAAUUUUGGUAGUUAUGGACAGCAAGGUGGAGUGCAAGAUAAUUAUGGCCAGUCUCAACAGAGCUACAGUAGUUAUGGCCAAGACUCAUCUGGGUAUGGUGACAAGUCAUCCUAUGGCCAACAAGGAUCUGCGUCUUAUGGCCAAAGCUCGUAUGGACAACAAAGUUCUUAUGGUGGCCAGGGGCAAGGAGACACCUAUGGACAGGGUAGCAGUGGAUAUGGUAGUGGCCAAGGGCAAGGAAGCAGUGGUUAUGGGAGAUGGAGUGAAGGUGAAGGCGGUGGUCAGGGUGGGAGGUUUGGGCGUGACCAGGGAGACCGUUCAGAAGGAGGAGGAUUUAGAGGCCGUGGUGGCGGAGGCUAUGAACGUGGUGGUUUUGACCGCAGCGGUGGAUUUGACCGUGGUGGCUAUGAUCGCGGUGGCAGAGGAGGACCUCCUGGUAUGGGAGGUGGUGACCGUGGUGGCUACAAAAAUUUCGGUGGCUCUCGAGACUACGGCUCAAGGGAUGAACCAGCUGGAGAGCAGGACAACUCUGACAACAACACCAUUUUUGUACAAGGACUUGGAGAAGAUGCCACAGUUCAGGAAGUCGGGGACUUCUUCAAACAAAUUGGCAUCAUCAAGGUAAAUAAGAAAACUGGUCAGCCAAUGAUCAACAUCUACUCAGACAAGGCCACUGGUCGACCAAAGGGAGAGGCUACUGUGUCGUUUGAUGACCCUCCAUCAGCUAAGGCAGCUAUUGACUGGUUUGAUGGAAAGGAAUUCAACGGCAAACCAAUCAAAGUAUCAUUUGCUACUCGCAGAGCUGAGUUCACACAGAGAGGAGGCGGUGGCAGAGGGGGAAGAGGAGGUGGUUUUAGGGGUCGUGGUGGAGGACCCAACUUUGACGUUAAGGGAGGAGACUGGCCUUGUCCAAACAGCUCCUGUGGCAACAUGAAUUUUGCACGACGACAGGAGUGUAACAAGUGUGGCGCACCUAAACCAGGAAACGGAGGAGGAUUUGGAGGUGGAGAUCGCGGAGGCAGAGGUGGUUUUGGUGGCGAUAGAGGUGGUGGAUUCAGAGGCCGUGGAGGUUUCCGUGGUGGAGACCGUGGAGGCUAUGGAGGAGGCGGAAGUGGAGGAGGAGGCGGAUUCGGAGGUGGCUACAAAAUGGGAGGAAGAGAUGAGCGUCGGGAUGACAGAAGAGGGCGGCCAUACUAAAGGUCAUGCAGAGAGGAACCAUUCCAGCCCUUAAAUUUGCUGAGGGGGGUGGCUUUUGGGAAAAGGAUUGGGGGGUGGGGGUAGAUCAGACUUUCAGAUUUGUCUAUUUGUGUAGCUUGUUCAUCCUGAGUAUUACUGUCAUCUGUGCAAAGGAUGUGUUGAGCUAUUGUGAAGGGGCUGAUAGGCAUGUGGUCAUGGUGUUUUGUUUUUGUUUUUUUAUUUUUUGUUUUUUUUCUGUACAUCUUUUUAUUUUUCUCAGAUUCUAGAUGCAGAUGUAAGUUCGACUUUGAACCAUUGUUUUGUAUGAAUGGAAUAAAAUAUUUUACUUGGGGUUAUGUUUCUUUCCAAAAUGUUAUUAAAGGUGUGAACUUUUCUCAAUA